UAGUAAGCAUGGCGUCGGGGGUUAUUCUUAAUCGAGGCGCGUUGACGUUAGGGACAUACUGCCAACAUUUGAGUUGGAAUGUCACGGUCACGCAGGUUCGAGGGAUUAAGCGUUGGAUGAGGGCCUAUACACAUCUAAUGGCAAAAAAGCUAAAGCUUGAAGGUCCUCCACUUCCGAAACCAAGAUCUCAAAAGCCUAAUUGGGAUUACCAUGCCGAAGUUCAGGCUUUCAGCACCCGCCUCCAUGAAAACUUCUCCCUGGAGCGACUGAAAACAGCUUUCAUAAAUCCCUGUUACCUGCAAGCGGAGCUGAAAAGGAGACAAGAGCUGGGCAUGGACUCUGAAGUCACACCUCUUGCUCUGCAUGAUAAUAUUGAGUUGAGUGCACAGGGAGAUGCCUUCACAAAAAGCUUCCUGACUGAUUGGUGCAGGGCUAGCUUUCCCAGCUUGCCAACACAAGGGGUGGAAAGUGUCGUGAGACACCUCACGAGCGUAACCCUAGUGAGCAAUGUAGCACAAAAUCUUGGUGUUGAGGAUCUAACCAUGAGUUUACAAUUCCCUGUCCCGGACAAUGUACUUCAUUCUACAUUCAUGGCAGUGAUUGGAGCACUACAUGACAGCAGUGGAACAGAACGCACAGGAUACUUCCUCAGGGAUUUCUUAGUUUCCCAGCUAAUAGGAAAAGACCUUUUUGAUAUGUGGACAGUGGUCAAUCCAAUGGGCCUUCUGGUGGAGGAACUCGGUAAGAGGAAUGUUCCCCCACCAGAGCCCCGCCUCAUCAGGUCUGCUGGGUCCAGCACUGUUCUGCCGCUCUACUUUGUUGGUUUGUACUGUGAUAAAAAGUUCCUGGCCCAGGGUCCAGGUGAGACACUUGUUGCAGCGGAGGAGGAGGCAGCUCGUGUGGCCCUGCGAAAACUCUAUGGCUACACUGAGGACCGCAGACCCUUCGACUUUAGUCCACAACCACAGCAUGAGCAUCCUUUACUUCAAACAGUCAGCAGCAAUUCAUAAGACAAAAACACUUGGCUUGCUACUUGUAGCUGAAGAACAACUUCCCAAUUUAUUGCCAGAAAAAUAAUGUGCUUAUUGAGAUCAUUGUCUGUUUUGUGGUCUUAAAAUGAAAAAUAAACAAUCUAAACAAAUACAUGUAAGUUGCAAGUUU